AUGCCCGUCAAGUCGCCCGCCUCCGCUGGCAGUAAUGGCCAUAAUGGCCAUAAUAGCCACUUCAACCAGAAGCUGAAGAAUUUCUUCCGCAUCAACUCCAACACUACUGGCGAUAAGGAAAAGAGUCUAGACCACGCCUUGAAAUCCGAGAGCAAGGUUGGCUUCCGCCAGUCGAGGAGAUUUUUCACCAACGUCGGCAGGAUUAGAUCAACUACCACGGCCAGCGAAGGACAUCCCCUGGACGAUGCACUCAGUCCCACCGCCAAUGCGAAUCCCUAUUUUGCCCAUCAGGGCCAGCCUGGUCUUCGUCAUCACAAUGAAGGCUCUGUUCCGCCGAGUCCGCCGGAUACGCCAAGCUUAAAAGUACACGGCCCCGACGGCGCGGCAGCGAAAGAACAGGCCACAAAUGCCACGAAAGAAGAACUUGCUCGGAAGCUACGGAGAGUUGCAAGUGCCCCUAAUGCUCAAGGCCUUUUCAGCCAAGGAAAUGGCAGCGGAGAAAGGCCAGCUACAGCUGAACUCGGCAAGGAGCCGUUGAUUCAAGGCGAUAAUGCUACCUCGUUGGGCUUGGUCGAUGCUAAGACGACGCACUCGGCCGAUUCUGGGGCUCUCGCCGUACCGGACAACGAUAGCCUUGGCGCGCUUCCUCCUCCUCCAAGUCAGAACUCACUAGCUUUCCGUAGGACCUACAGUUCCAAUUCGAUCAAAGUCAGCACCGUUGAAGUCGGACCCUCUAGCUUUGACAAGAUUAAGCUCAUUGGGAAGGGUGAUGUUGGAAAAGUCUACCUUGUAAGAGAGAAGAAGAGCUCUAGGCUUUAUGCUAUGAAGGUCCUGAGCAAGAAGGAAAUGAUCAAGCGUAAUAAGAUCAAGAGAGCGUUGGCUGAACAAGAAAUUCUGGCAACAAGUAACCACCCAUUCAUCGUGACCUUAUAUCACUCCUUCCAGUCCGAAGACCACCUAUACCUCUGCAUGGAAUACUGCAGUGGCGGAGAGUUUUUCCGAGCCUUGCAAACUCGUCCCGGCAAAUGUAUUCCCGAAGAUGAUGCUCGCUUCUACGCUGCGGAGGUCACGGCUGCUCUCGAAUACCUUCAUCUAAUGGGCUUUAUCUACAGGGAUUUAAAACCUGAGAAUAUUCUUCUACACCAGUCAGGACACAUCAUGCUUUCUGACUUCGAUCUCUCGAAACAGUCGGAUCCUGGCGGGAAGCCUACAAUGAUCAUGGGCAAGAACGGUGCUAGCACCUCCUCGCUCCCUACGAUAGAUACGAAGUCGUGUAUCGCCAACUUCCGAACGAAUUCGUUUGUAGGAACUGAAGAAUAUAUCGCUCCCGAGGUCAUCAAAGGUAGUGGACACACGAGUGCUGUGGAUUGGUGGACAUUGGGUAUCUUGAUAUACGAAAUGUUGUACGGCACUACACCUUUCAAGGGCAAGAAUCGUAACGCGACUUUUGCCAACAUCCUCCGAGAGGAAAUACCGUUCCCAGAGCAUUCUGGAGCACCCCAGAUUUCGAAUCUCUGCAAGUCAUUAAUAAGAAAGCUCCUGAUCAAAGAUGAGACGCGAAGACUGGGCGCGAGAGCCGGGGCUUCCGAUAUCAAAGCACAUCCGUUCUUCAGGACAACGCAAUGGGCCCUUAUUCGACAUAUGAAGCCGCCCAUAAUUCCUCACGCGGGUCGUGGAGUCGACACGGUCAAUUUUAGAAAUGUUAAAGAGAGCGAAAGCGUCGAUAUCACCGGCUCGAGACAGAUGAAGGGCGUGCCAUUAGACAGCAGCCUGGCAACGCCUGGCAACGAAUUAGCCGACCCGUUCGAAGAAUUCAAUAGUGUGACAUUACACCACGAUGGCGACCCUUACGACAGUGACAGGUGA